AAAAAGCUGGGCGUGGCUAGUAGUCGCAAAGCCGGCCAAGAUCUAGUGUAGCAGCCAAAAAUCUACAGCGGCAGAGAUCCCACGGGCUCCGUAUUGACCGGUCAUGUCGCUCAACAUUGCCUACAAGUACAAGGUGCAAGUGCCCGAGGUGUCUCAACGAAAGUUGGAGGGGCUGAAAGUAAAGAGGCGGUACCCGGGAAAGAUCCCGCUAGUCAUUGGUAGAGUGAAAAACUCCAACCUCUCAGAGCUGGCCAAAUGCAAGUUUCUCUUCCCUGCUACUGCCACAGUUGGAGACCUGUGUCACUAUAUCAACAGCAAACUACACAGAACGGAAGAAGCACCCAUGUACAUCUAUGCUAACAGUGAAUUAGUCGUGUCGAAAGGCAGCGUCAUUGCCGAGGUCUACCAAGAGUACAGAGAAGACGAUUUCUUUCUCUAUCUCGGCUACUAUGAGGAGAACGUUUAUGCAGAUAUUGGCAGGGAAUCAUGAUUUAAUGUGUGUGUUUUAUUCAACUUUCACAUCACUUUUAUUAGGGUAUAUGUAAUAAUUAUCGUUUGUGUGGAUUUUAAGUGUAUAACUUUUCGCGAAUGCAAAACUUCGCAAAUUCUGCGAUUUCAUGAAAUUGCAGAAGGGCUUGCCUUGCUAUGAAUUACACCUCACCUACAUUUCCUACACU